AUGUCUUCCCUCACCAAACACCAGGGCGGGGACCAGCCUCGCAGAAUCUCCAUCGACCGCGGCAACAUGGACGAAAACCUCGUCCAUGAGGCAGCCGCCGCCGCCGAAACGGAGCAUAGCAUGGGGCUUUUAAAAUCUCUCCAACUGUACAGGAAAGCCUGUCUGUGGUCCAUCUUCCUGUCCACCUGUAUUGUCAUGGAAGGGUUCGAUGUUGUGCUGCUCAACACAUUAUUCGCUUAUCCCCCCUUCCAGAAGAAAUUCGGGGUUGAGCAGCCUGACGGCACAUACCAACUCACGGCGGCUUGGCAAGCCGGCCUGAGCAACGGCACGCUUGUGGGACAAGUCCUUGGUCUGUUCGUCAACGGCGUCAUUGCCGACAGAUUCGGAUACCGCAAGACACUCAUCGGCGCCUUGGUGGGCUGCAUUGCCUUCAUCUUUAUAGUCUUCUUUGCGGAAAGCCUCACGCAACUCCUCAUCGGGCAGAUGCUCAUUGGUGUCCCGUGGGGUGUCUUCCAGACCCUGACCACAACAUAUGCCUCCGAGGUGUGCCCUACGCAUCUGCGUGCCUACCUCACCACAUAUGUCAACCUCUGCUGGGUCAUGGGCCAGUUCAUCGCCUCUGGCGUCCUGCGGGCCAUGGUCUCCCGAGACGACAAAUGGGGAUACAAGAUUCCCUUUGCUCUGCAGUGGAUGUGGCCCAUCCCUCUGAUUAUCGGCAUCUAUCUUGCCCCCGAGUCCCCCUGGUGGCUCGUUCGCCGCAACCGCAUCGACGACGCCAAGAGGUCUUUGGCGCGGCUGACAGCCCGCAACACCAGCGUUGCCUUCCGGCCGGACGAAACCAUCUCCAUGAUGGUCCAUACCAACGAGAUGGAGAAGGAGCUCACGGCAGGCAUCUCGUAUGCAGAUCUCUUCCGAGGCAAGGUGAACCGCCGCCGAACAGAAAUCGUCUGCGUCACAUGGAUGAUCCAGACCCUCUGCGGCGCCACCUUUAUGGGAUACUCGACCUACUUUUACCAACAGGCUGGGAUGGAUGUUGAAAACUCGUUCAGCAUGUCUCUUGGCCAGUACGCGCUUGGCGCUGUCGGCACCAUCUUCUCGUGGUUCCUCAUGGGCCGCUGGGGCCGCCGAACCUUGUACCUGAGCGGCCAAAUCAUCAUGUGCAUCCUCCUCCUCGCCAUCGGUUGCACCGCCUUUGCCGGCAAGGAGAACGCCGCUGCGCAGUGGGCCAUCGGCUCGAUGCUCCUCGUCUACACCUUUACGUACGAUGCCACCGUCGGCCCCGUCUGCUACUCCCUCGUCGCCGAGCUCACGUCCACCCGUCUCCGAACCAAGUCGGUGGUUCUCGCCCGAAACUGCUACAACAUAGUUGGCAUCGUGACCAACAUCAUGACGCCCCGGAUGCUGAAUCCCACGGCGUGGAAUUGGGGCGCCAAGGCCGGCUUCUUCUGGACGGGCACCUGCCUCGCGUGCGCCAUCUGGACGUACUGGCGUCUUCCGGAGCCCAAGGGCCGCACCUAUGCCGAGCUGGAUAUCCUGUUUGAGAAUGGCAUCAGCGCCCGCAAAUUCAGCUCCACGUCGAUUGACAGAUUCGAUGCGCAAGGGGACCGCGUCUCAGAAAAGGAAAAGAUGUCGGAAGUCAGGGUCGAGAGAGUCCACAGCGAUCAGUCUUGA